UCGCGAUGGAAACACCCGCACCCGCCUACCCACCUAUUCAAAGCUGACCACCGCCCAGCUUCGUCACCGGCCUGCUCGACUCGCACCAGGACAAGCAGCGCAAGAUGUCCAUGUACGACGUGGCCAAGAGCGUGGGCCUGCCGGCCACCUUCGUCGAGCUGCGCCACCAGGCGACGCACGAGCAGCUGCCCUCGCUGACCCGCCUGCGCGGCGCCGCGGCCAAGGCGCUCGCCUGGAUUUGGGACUACUACUGGCAGCACCUGUCCGAGGUGGACGGUGCUUCUCCGGGCUCGGGCGGGGCUGCUGCUGGGCAAGCAAAGAAGGAGGAGGAGGAGGAAGGAGAGUUGAGGGCGCUGCUUGGGCGGUAUCUGGAGGGCGAUGAGGCGGAGGAGGGCCUGAGGGCGGAGAUUGGGUGGUAUGACGAGGCGUUGGUGCUGAGGACUUUGGGUUCUCUUGCGGAUGAAGCGAGAGAUGGCAAGGUGCUGCGGCGGGUUGUGGCAAUGGAAAGGGAGAUUCUUGAGGGCGCCGGGGAUCCAGAUCGGAUGGAGGAGGAUGACAAGGCCGAGGAGCAAGAUGUGAAGGACCUUGAGCAAGUGAGAACUGAGUUGGGCAAGGCGUGGGAGGUGUUGAAGGAAGUGGAGGAGACGGAGACGGCGGAAGCACAGGCGGACGACCCGAUGGAGGAGGUUGAGAUGACGGACGACCGGCCGGCUUGGACGCUGUAUGAGGAGCAAGCCUGGGUGCCGAAGCCCAUCGGGGUGGUCUAGAAGAGACUUGAGUCGCUGAGCAACACACUCAACCCCUUCCCCUAACUCCACGAGGGUUGACGGAGAGAGUGGUCAUGUGACUGUGGGGCACUCUUAACUGGCUUGCAAGGCCAUGGAAUGCUGCUCCGUCGUGUUCUGUCCGCUACUGCAAUUGUCCA